CAGUACAUAAUAAGUCUAUGAUUGUUUGAUUGGUGUAGUAAUUUUAUUCUCUGAUUGGUGUUUGAAUUGAAAGUGUAUUUUAGAAAUCUACUUUUUUUUUUUAAUUCUGUGUUUAGAAAAAACAACAAAUUAUUAUUUGGAUGGAAUCAUUAUAUUUUUUACACCCUUAAAUCCCCAUUAAAAAACAUCAUGGUAUGUGACGGUCCAGACCCACCUGACAAUUCUCCACACGAUAUUAAUCCACCUUCGCGACAUGAAUUGAUGGUAAACGGACACCAAGAAGACAGUGAUGAUGAACAAAAUGAUCAUUUCGGCUACGAGCCCUUACCUCAGGGCCCGGAGUCAGCUCCUGCUGAAGUGUUGAGUGAGGAGGAUAAUGAAUCAGAUCCCGCACAACAGGCACCUCCGAGUGAUGUUCCUGAAAUUGAGCCUAUGGAUUCAGUAAUAACUCGACAAGUAUGGAACUCACCUCGGGUAAAUGACCCAAUAGAAAUGAGUACAGAACGCGCUCAGCAGGUGAUGUCUAUAAUGGCAAACAUAGCACUCCCACAAGAGUCAAUACCUGAGUGGGCACAAAGUAUAACGGAAGAACAAUGGAAGCAAACCCUCAACGACAGGAUAGAAAAAAUGAGAAAUAAUAGAUAAUGUUUGUAAGUUAUAUUCAUGAUGUAAAAUAUUCAAAACAACACUAAUAAAUAU